AUGAUUUCUUUUGAUGAAAUACUUGAAAAAAAUAUUAAAACAGGUAAGUAUUAAAUCAGAACUCUUUCCAUUAUAGGAUUAUAAGAAUUCUGUGCAGGUCUUGAAUAUUUAUUUAUGUCUAUCCUUAUGGCCAUUUUGAAAGAAGAAUGGAAUCUAUCAUAAAAUUAAGUAGCACUUUUAAGUUCUAUAUUUCUAUUUGGAGUUGUUUUGGGAAAUUUCUUCUGUGCUUUUGUUGCUGACUUAAUAGGAAGAUAAAUAACAUUUAUUAUUUUUUCAGGACUAUCAGUUAUUUUGAUAUUCUAUACUAGCUUUUGUAAUACAUACAAAGAAAUUUUAAUUUUACGAUUGUUAUAUGGAUUAACAUUUGGUACACUUAAUCCUUUAGGUUAUGUUUAUAUUACAGAAAUUACUGAACCUCAAUAUAGAGGAAGAUUUUCUUAUGCUCUCACAUUAAUAUAUAUUUUAGGAAAAAUAUACUUUGUUUCUUUAUGUUUUAUAUUUUUGGAUGAUUAUACAUCUGGAAAUUGGAGAGGACUUAUUAGAUUUAAUGGAAUUCCAAUUUCUAUUGCAUUUAUACUCUCUAUUCUAUAUUUAACUGAAACCAUUAGAUAUCAUCUGAGUAAAGGUUAAUAUGAAAUAGCAAUUCAGCUUAUUGAUUCAUAAAUCACUUAAAAUGGCAACUUAGACACAUUAUUAUGUGAUUUUGAAGUAUGUUUGUUAUACUUAUUAAGAAAAAUGCUUUGAUAAAUUGGUCUUAAUAAUAAAAAAUUGAACUUUUAUAAGAAGAAAUAAAUCUUUAUGGUGUUUUCUCAAAAGAUUAUAGAAAAGUUACAAUACUAUUAUGGAUAAUGUAUAUACUUACUAAUUUUUAAGAAAUGACAAUUUUUCUUUUAUUGCCAUUUCUAUUUCAAAAUAAUAAUUCAGGAUUUCUUCCUAUGUUUAUUUUGUAUUUGAUUGAAUUUAUAUUUGCAUCAAUUAUUUAUAAUUUUAUUGAUAACAUCAAAUUUGGAGGUAGAAUUAAAAUAAUUGCUUAUUCAGCUAUUACUUUAAUAAUAUCCAAUGCUAUUUUAUUUAUUUUUAGGGAAAGAUUUUUAUAUUUAGCCUUAUUCUUAACAAAAAUUGCUAUAAGAGGAUUAUUUGCAACUAUUUGUAUAAUUUGUUGCGAGAGCUACCCAGUUAAAUUAAGAUCAUAAGGAUAGGGAAUAGCAUAAGCAGUUGGAAAAAUAGCAGUACUUCCUUCUCCAUAUUUAUUAAUUCCACUUUAUUUUAUUGAUCCAUAUCUACCAUUUGCUGUGUUAUUCUUUUUAGCUAUCAUUAUUUUGGCUAUAGAUUUUUUUUUCUAACAAGAUAAAACUCAAAAACAUUUAGAAACUUUGAAAUAAGAGUGA